CAAUCCGGUCGUCGGCGACGCUACGACGGCCUGUCAUCGGUAGGCAAUGCAACGCGCUGUGCAGCAACGGGUUGGACCUGGCCUAAGAUGGGUAGCGUGCUAUUCGCAGCUGUAUUCAUAGCAUUACACUUUGCCACCGGCGGCCUGGCCAACCCAGAUGCAAAGCGACUCUACGACGACCUGCUGAGCAACUACAAUCGCCUCAUCCGACCCGUGGGCAACAACUCGGACCGCCUCACCGUCAAGAUGGGUCUGCGCCUCUCCCAGCUGAUCGAUGUG